UUACGAACUCGCCAGGAUUUUCCGUUAAACACCAGGUGGUUCGCGAAUCUCGAAUACGGGGGUAUCAUGUAUCCCCGAUUGCAGCCCUCCUUUGAGGGUUAGAUUCGCCGAUUUCGCGUCUCGGCUUCUCGCCGUCUCGUCUUAAUUCUGCGCUGCUGUGUAAUCGUGCACUCUGGAACUAGACUGAACUACGUCUUCUUAAGGACUUCCAAUUUCGACGCAAAGAGCUGGUCCCACCGAGGACUAACCGUGUACCACAUCCCCGCGCUGAAAGAGGACUCAAAACCUCGCAAGGAUGCGGGACCGGCUAUCGUGGUACAUGGUCUUUCUGAUCCUGCCGACACUUCUUAUGGCCAGGUCGCUCGAUAGAGAUCGACGUGUACCAUAUAGCAUACCGUCAGAUUGGAAGACACUAUGGUUCAGCAACCUAGACGAAUUUCAAAGAGUGAGUGAUGCGAACGACAACAAUACUGUCUCAAAUGCUACGGUACAGUUGGGUGGAACCGCGUUCUUACAUUGUAAAGUUCGCAAUUUAGCAGACAGAACGGUGUCCGAUGCUGAGAUAUCCUGGAUACGACGACGUGACUUCCACGUCCUCACCAGCUCCACGUUCACGUACACGAACGACGAGCGGUUUCAAGUUUUGCAUCCUGAGGGCUCGGACGACUGGACUCUUCAGAUCAAGUAUGUUCAAGACAGGGACAACGGGACCUACGAGUGUCAGAUUGCGAGGAAUACAGGGAUACUAUCACACUUUGUCAAUCUAAACAUAGUUGUACCGGAAGCUUUUAUAUUAGGAAGCGGCGAACAUCACGUCGAUGUAGGAUCUAUAAUAAAUCUCGUAUGCAUUAUAGAAAAGAGUCCAACACCGCCGCAGUAUGUCUUCUGGUAUCAUAAUAAUCGAAUGAUAAAUUACGAUACCACGCGAGGCAGCGUAACGGUACAAAACAACCCCAAUUCGACUCAGAGUCGACUGACGAUUCACCAAGCGGUGGAAUCGGAUACUGGCAAUUAUACGUGCAGAUCCUCGAAUACCAAGCCGGCAUUCAUCUAUGUCUUUGUCACAGAAGGUGACAAAAUGGCAGCCAUACAACGCCGCAAGACGUCGGCCGCGGAAAAAAAUUCCUGUGAAUUGCUAGUACUAAUUGUCACCAUUGCGAUAGAGGUCGUUUUAAUGCGAUAAGCGUUUCUCUUCGAUAUGUCCAUAAUUAUUAUACCGUUACUUCCGUUUGUGAUAGAUAGGCUACUAUUCUGCGAUUUUAACCCUCUAUUCACUCUCCUUCUUUCCCUUUUAAAAGCUGGAAUCUCGUCAUACCACGCGAUCUCUGAUUUUUCUCUACGUUCAUCCUUUGUGUACAUUUCUCUUCGCGGUUCAAUUUCCAUAUCGUCUUUGUAAAUCUUCGUUUCCUUCCUUUUCAUUGCGUUCAAUUAGCCGCGUUCGUACAAUCGUUGAGUCUCAUCGUAUCUUCCACAUCGUAAUUUUUUUCUUUUCUGUUUCAUUGCCGAGAUUGCCGCCGGCUGAAUUAUUUCAAUAUACGAGAUUUUCAUGGUAGAUCGUUCUGCGUGUCCAUAUGUUCAUUAACGUGUGACCGAAAUUAUAAAGAUACUCACGAAUAAUCGCGAAUUUCUCUCUCUUUCUCUUCCUCUUUCUCCCUUAUCCUAAGACUGCUCCAUUCUUCAGCCCCAAUUUCUGGUUACGUAUAUCUCCAUCUACAAAAGAUAUAAAGUAACGUUAAAUAACGCAAAUUUCCUUCCAUCACACGGAUGAUGUUUCGGAAAAUAAAAUUUUCCGUAGCAAGUGAAC